GAAUCGUGAUAAGCAGCCAAAUCAACGACUCAACGUGUCUAAUCUAGUAAAAAAAAAUAUGAGUAAUGUAUUGUUGAAAUUCGUAAUAUGUGGUCAAAAUUUCAAUGGAAUUUCUUAAUUUCUUUCGUUUACUAUUGAAAAUUCCUACUUAUCAAUUAAAGAACGUAUAGAGAAAAUCGUUUCCUUAUCUCGUCCUUCUGUAGUGUUGUAAUUUUACUCGGCUGAUAGCAAAGCUAUGUAAUAAAAUAAAUAGUGAAAAUAAAUGAGCUAUAUAAAACGAAAGAACAGCGGUUGAUUUCACAACGAAUAGUUUUCUAUAGCAACUACAUAUUUCCUCUCAGUUUCAAUUAGCAUUCAGUAAGCAUAGUGUUUGAUUUUUAUUUCUUACGAGUUACGAUGUCAACGGUAACCGCCAACCUGGAUUCAAUGAAAGAUAAGAAAUCAGUGAAGGUAAUAUCUCUAGUUGCUUUGACGUUUCAAAAUGCCGUCCUUUCGCUCAGUAUGCGUUAUGUUGAAACACAAUAUGGUGAUAAGUUCGUAUCAUCGACCGCCGUCGUUAUGUCCGAAGUGGUCAAAUGUAUAAUAAGUUUAUUUCUAGUUUACUAUUACGAAAGUUUAAGCUUAGUACACUUUAUCAAAACUUUACAUGGAACCGUUGUCAAACAACCUAUCGAUACGUUGAAAGUGAGCGUCCCAGCUGUGGUUUAUAUCGUACAGAACAACCUUCUGUACAUAUCAGCCUCUCAUCUGGACGCAGCUACUAACCAAGUAACUUACCAGUUGAAAAUAUUGACUACAGCUUUAUUCGCUGUUUGUAUAUUGAGACGAUCGUUAGGAUUGCAUCAAUGGGUAGCUCUCGUAUUCCUACUCAGCGGCGUAGCUCUUGUUCAACUUUCCGACGUCAAAGAUCAUUCGGCAGCUACCAGUGAGGGCCAGAAUCGUGUCGUGGGUUUAGUAGCCGUACUAGCUGCUUGCUUUCUAUCUGGCUUCGCCGGAAUAUAUUUCGAGAAAAUACUCAAAGGAUCGGAUAUUUCAAUAUGGAUGAGAAACGUUCAAUUGAGCAUUAUAGCUAUUCCGGCCGGUCUUUUUCACGCCUAUACGAAUUCCUGGGAUAAACUAACCAGUCUAGGAUUCUUCUACGGUUAUAAUUUCUUCGUCAUCUAUGUAAUUCUUUUACAAGCUGUUGGUGGUUUGAUUGUAGCUGUUGUCGUCAAGUACGCCGAUAAUAUUCUGAAAGGAUUUGCCACCUCUUUGGCUAUAAUUCUAUCGUGCAUUUUUUCUAUUUAUUUAUUCAAUUUUUCCAUCAACUAUUGUUUCGUUAUCGGCACGAUUUUCGUUAUAUUUUCGGUAUUCUUGUACAGCAACGCUGCCUUAGUUCCUCAUAAAACUUUCCAAAAUCAAGCCGUUGAAAAAGCGUAAAAACUUAACGUACCUUAUAUGAAUAGAGAUAGUAAUUUAGAGUACUUAGAGUGAAUUUUUCGAACAAUGGUGUUGCAUUUAUCUUCAGACUGAUUUUUGUUUGUUGAUGGUAACAGAAGUUUCUCUGAGUAUGUUACUCGAAUUAUGAACAAUACUCUCACCGAGAAAUGUGUGAUACAAAGAUUUAGGUGAUGUUACCAAGAACAAAAUUUUCAAUUUUUACAUUAUGCUUUGUGUCAUUUUAUAUGGAUUUUCCUGCCUUUUGAAGUCACUUCAAAAAUGUUAUUUUAUAGGAAUAAUUUUACUUGUUUUUUUUUCUACUUGUAUUUUAAACGUUAAUCAUGCUGUUGAUGAUACAUCAUUUUAGAUAUUAGCGGUAUUUUUUCAUCAAUAUUGAUAUUGUUUAGUAUAAUUCAUUAUUUGUUAAUUUUUUCUACUUUUUUUUCCUAGUUAAGUUAAUAAACAGUGAUUAAUUUUUCAA